GUUUGUAAAUAUGUGGAAUGGACCUUGCUAUUCCAGAAGAUCACCUGUGGGCUGGUGGAUGGGUUGAUUGGGGCUGGUUUGCGCAUGUGCCCCCCACCUCUCGCUUUGCCCCCCUUCCUGCAGUACUCCUUGCUGCUUGGUUAGCUUCUGUUCCAGUCUGGAGGUGAACGUUAGAGACAAGGGAGAGAGACAGAGCAUCGAGCCGGGAAGCACGGCCAUCUCUGACGUGCAGCCUCUCAGACGAGGACUGAAUGACAAGUGAGGGUGAAGAGGACAUUCAAGGGCAAGUUGCAGCACCUUGAGCCCGAGGUUACAGGCAGAGUCGCCGGCGCUGUGUUCAGUUGCGGUCCCUGUGUCCGUUUGGAGCACUGAAAGUGUCAGUGUGAUAGCAGGGGAAGCCAGUCCCACUGCUUUCUCAGGCUGCACAUUUAAAGGGAAGAGACUCUGCCUCAGAAACAUGGCAUCUUCACCAAUUAAAACAACAUACCCCUCAAAGAAGAGAGUGAAAAUCCACCCAAACACAGUGACUGUGAAAUACACAGCACAUUACCCACAGCCUGAAGAAGAGGGCUAUGAAGACACAUUCCUAGAUAGUGAAAAUUAUGUUGAAGAUAACCCAAAGAAAAAACUUCUGGGUGACACUAAAAAACAAGGAAGAACCUACUCUGGGACAAUUGAUCUUCGUCAGAGUUUAUCGGAAGAACAGAAAGAUAAGGGGAUGGGACAACAGACAGAAAAUACUGGACAAAGUAUGGUUUCUGAGCCUAGAAUAACCUGGGUAGCUCUGUUUGGAGCUGCCCUAGCACAUGGCUGCGUUGCUUUAAUUACUCGUCUUGCUGCUGAUCAGUCCAAAGUACCAUCACUGGAGCUUCUCUUCAUUCGUUCUGUGCUGCAGAUUUUUGCUGUUGUGGUUGUCUACUAUGGAAAUGAGCAUCCUCUUGGACCCAAAGGAUAUAGAAUGGGUCUGUUUCUGUAUGGAGUAUGCAAUGUCAUUUCCAUCACCUGCGCCUACACCUCCUUUGCAAUUGUGCCCCCUAGCAAUGGGACCAUUAUGUGGAGAGCCACUACCACAGUGUUCAGUGCCAUUCUGGCCUUUCUACUGGUAGAUGAAUGUUUGGACUACACUGACAUUGUCACUGUGGUUUGCAGUGUCUUUGGCCUUUGCCUAGUAAUGAUCCCCAACAUUGUUGAUGAAGAUAAUUCAUCACUGGGCCUUUGGAAGGAAGCCUUUGGCUAUACCAUGACAGUAAUGGCUGGGUUGACCACAGCUCUGGCUAUGAUCAUUUACAGAGCUAUCAAAGAAAAAGUUAGCAUGUGGACUGCUCUUUUCACCUUUGGAUGGACCGGUACAGUUUGGGGUGCAUCCACAAUGUUUAUCUUACAAGAGCCUAUUAUCCCACUGGAUGGAGAAACCUGGGGGUAUUUAUUAGGGAUCUGUAUCUGUUCUACCGUGGCUUUCUUAGGUGUAUAUUAUGCAUUGAAUCGAUUCCACCCAGCAUUAGUUAGCACAGUCCAACACUUAGAGAUCGUAGUGGCUAUGAUCCUCCAGUUACUUGUCCUUCAUAUGUUUCCAAGCAUGUAUGAUCUUAUUGGUGGAUCAGUCAUCAUUUUCAGUGUCUUCGCACUGACCGCUUAUAAGCUUUAUUGGGUCAACCGUCAUAGCAGACAGGAUUACCUGGAGAUAACAAAUUCCCCCAUCAAGUGAAUGUAAAUAAUGUCUUAAGCAAGUGGAAGAUUAAAUGGGAGCAGGAACUCUAUAAAUGUCAACUGUGCAAUAUUCUUGUACUGUGUUGUUGAAAGACAGUCAGUUGCUGUUACUUUUCUGAAUGUUCUGUGGAAUAAAAUGUGCAGCAGACAAUUCUGAAGUGUGUAUUCAUUAAUGAAAAUAAUACAAUGUAUAUGUAAAGCUGAUGGGAUGAUGAUUGAUGUAAUGUAGUAUCACGCAUACUAUUGUAGACGUUUUGCUUGGUGAUUUGAAAUGUUUACAGCAUUGUGUGGUUAAUUUUCUUGUGAUAUUUUAAUAUCUAGGUUUGGUGAGUAAGUAGUAUUAAUGGAAAGAAUUGAAUGCAACAUUCUGCAUAUUGUGUCUAUAACAGUCAACAAAAGUAGCUUUCUUUCUAAAUAAGGUACUCUGAUUUACUACCCUGAUACAGUGAUGGAGUAAACAUCUGUUUCAUAAUAUGAUACCAGAUUACUGAGAAAUCUAUCUCCUCGAAUUAUUUGCUCAUUUUAAUUUGGAACUAAUUUAUUUAUGGCGCAUGCCUAGUUCACAGAAUUUCUUAGCAGAACAGUAAUGCUGCCAUUUCUGCAUGCAUGGAUACAUGGAUAAGCUAUGCAUAUAGAAGAGAUUAUAUGCUAACCAUGAUGUAGCUCCUCACCAUUAUACCUGAAGGAGUGCACACCAUGUGUGCUUUGUUCAAACUACGACAUAAAUCAAGAGUCAUAGCGUCUCUUAACCUGCAGCAUACCAGGAGUAUCAGAUAUGUUAAGACAUAGUUCAUCAUGAAAAGAGUGAGUUCUUUUUGCCAGUUUCAAGGAUUUUUAUUGUCUAUUCUAUUCUUCAUUUCAGAAGCGUGCAGUGUGAAUGAAUACUUGUAGGUCUGUAUGUGCAUCAUCAUACCAACAUCAAUGGUUCAUGGAAAUGGGAAUGGCAUCAAUGGCUUACAGGGAGCAAAGAAAAGUUACGUAUAUGAAUAGUACAAUCCCAACCUAUGUGACAUUAGAAGCCAAGAACUGAUGUGCACAUCACGAAGUAGAGCAGUGGCUCAGGGCAGCUCUACAGCAUCUGAGCCAGAAGUUGUCAGGUUAAUAUAUGAGUUGUUAGAGGCUAAAUACUUAAACUAUCACUGUUCGUGCAGUACUGAGGGAUUGCUGUGUGGACAAUGGUGCUUGCUUUUAGAUCAGCUGGCAAAUUGAGUCACACCAUGUCCAAUCAAGUGGAAGAAAAUAUGAUGUAUAUUAGCCUUUGAAUAAGAACAGGAGAAUUCUGCCACUGUCCAGGCCAGCAGUGUUAUCUCAAACAACAUGAAAAUUAGUGUGAAAGGAACUGAGGAAGGAGAAUUCUUCAGGUUCAUGCAGGAGGACUUUUUCGCCAGCGUAGAGCAAGUCGAAUAAGAAAGUGCGCAGUUCUGGACUUAGUUUUAGAUAAUGAUACUGGGUAGGUGGAGGGAGUGGCUGUGGGAGAGCAUUUUAGUGGUGAUGGCCAUAAUUAAGUUUUACCAUUGUCGUGGAAAAGGACAAAGAGAGAACAGGAAUUAAGAGUUCUAAACUGGGACAAAUUCAAUGUUACCAAACUGAUUGUGAUUAAGCAGAAGUGUUCUGGAAACAGCAAAUUGAAAGUAAGUCUCACAGCAGUGGGAGGCAUACAAAGAGGAAAUUCAAACAAUUGAUAUUAAACCUGACCCCGCCCCCCCCAAAGAGAAAGGAUGGCAUGGUCAAAUCUAGACACCCCUCUCCCACUGUGGAUGUCAACGAUUUUACAAGGUAAGUCAAGGCAGAGAAGGAACGCUUUUGUCCAACAACAACUGCUCAAUACUACAGAAAGCCAAGAGCUGUAUUGAAACUGGAGCAUCGAAACUGGAAAUAAAAUCAGGAAAGCAAAGGGGAGCAGGAAUAAAAUAUCGGCAAGCAAUAUUGAGAUGAACCCAGAGAAGUUUUACUAAUGCAUUAGAAUAAGCAGAUAACUAAGGAAAAUGCAGGGCAUCAUAAAAGAUCAAAAGUGACAUCUGUGUAAAGGUUGAAGAUGUCGGUGUAGUUAUUAAUGAAUGUUUUGUAUCUCUCUGCACAGCAGAGGGAAUGAUGCAGAUAUUUUAGUCAAGGAGAAGAAAUAUGAUGUAACAAAUGUGGUAAAUAAAGGGAAAGGAUAAGUAAUAACGGAAUUAGCAUCCUUGCAAAUGGAGAAAUCACUGGUGCUAGAUGUAAUGUACCCCGGGCUAUUCAAGGAAGCCAGGGAUGAUACAGGGGGAGCUCUGAUCACCUAUUUCCAGUCUUCACUUUGUAGGUGUGUGGUGCUAGAGGUUCAGAGGACUGCUGAUGUUGAAUCUUUGUUUAAAAAGGGAACAAAGGAUAAACCAAACAAUUACAGGCCAAAUAGCCUAACCUCAAUAGUGGAAAAAGAUUUGGAAAAAAAUUCUGAAAGACAGGAUAACCUGUCAUUUAGAAAAAUGUGAGUGAAUCAAAGAUAUUUAGCACAGAUUUGCUCAGCAAAGAUUCUGUAUAAUUAACUUGACUGAAAUGUUUGAUGAAGUAACAGGGUGGAUCAGUGAGGCUAGUGUAGUUAAUGUGGCCUACGUGGAUUUUAGUAGGGCUUUUGAUAAGUUCCCACAGGGUUGGCUUAUUAAAAUAUGCCCAAAGGAUCCAGAGAAAUGCAACAAGUUGGAUAUAAAAUUGUCUCAGUGGCAGGAAACAAAAGGUAAUUGUUGAUGAGUGGUUUUUCAACUGGAAGGCUGUUUCCAGCAGGGCUCCACAGGGCUCAGUGUUAAAUCCCUAGCUUUUUGUGAUCUAUAUUAAUGACAUAAGAAUAAAUGAGAAUAGGUUGGUCUUGUACUCAUUGAAGUUUAGACGAAUGAGAGGUGCCCUUAUGAAAACAUGUGGCAAGGCUGUUUUCCCUUGUGGAAGAAUUUAGAAGGAGAGGGCAUAUAUCAGAAUUUGGGCUUGUCCUUUUAAAACAGAGAUGUGGCAAAAUUUCUUCUGUCAGGAGGUAGUGAAUAUGUGGAAUUCUUUAUUUCUGAGAGUGGUCAAGGCUGGUUUGUCAACUAUGAGAUGGAUAGAUUUUAAAUCAGUAAGACAAUCAAGGAUAUUGGGAUAAUGCUGGAAAGAAGAGUUGAGGAUCACAGAUCAACCAUGAUCUUACUGAAUGGCUGAUCAGACUCAACAGGCCAAAUGGCCUAUUUCUGCACCUACAUCUUGCAAUCUCAUGAAGGUAGGGGCAAUGAUUGAGAAGUUUGUAGAUCACUCAAAAAUUUACUGUGGCUUUUAGUGAGGAAAGUAGGUGUAGAGCGCAGGAAGAUAUCAAUAGACUGGUCAGGAGUUCUGGCUAGUAUCAGUUGGAAUUCUGCACAAGAGAUUUGUCUGGUGAUGUAUUUGGUAGGUGAAACAUGGCAAAGGAACACACAAUAACAGGGAGCAUAUUGGAAGGAGCAGAAGAGAUGAACAAUCUUUUAAUUAAUGUCCAUGGAUCCAGAAGGUAGCAGGUUGAUAAAGUGGUUAAGAGACAUAUAGAAUUUUUUUUUAGCAGAAGCUGGAAUUGUAUAUAUAAGUGGUUAGGCCACAUCCUGAAUACCGUAUGCUGUUUUGGUCAGUUCAGCACAAAAAGGAAUGGAUUUAUACUAGAGUUGGUACAGAGAUGAUUCACAAAGAUGUGAUCAGGACUGGAAAAUAAAAACAGCUAUGUGACUGGCAUUGUUCUCCUUGAAAGAGAAAAGACAGAGUGGAGAUUUGAUUGAGGUGUACAUUGUGAAGGGCUUGAAUAGAAUGAAUGGAAAAGACUUAACUCAGCAGAGAGAGAUCAGUGAUUAUGGAACAUGGAGUUAAAGUAAUUGGUAGAAAGAUGAGAAGGGGGGGCUUAAGUUUUCAAAAAAUAUUUUACUCAGAGUAUUAGGUGUCUUGAAUACAUUGCCUGAAAGGACUUCUGCAUUUUCUAUCCUUGAAUAAUUUAGACAGUGCUUCAGUAUUCAAAUAAAACCUGCAAGGCUAAGGACAAAAUGCUUGCUUGCUUUUCCUCUGGUGCAAACACAAUAGUAGACAGUGGCCUGUGUGUUACACUUUCUAUGAUUUCAGUGAAUAAAAUUUGUUCUCUGAUUAUUCAGCUCAUUAUCAUUUCUGUGACUUUGCUGUGUGUUCCUUGCAAUACAACAAUUGUCACAGUUCAUGAGGACUUUAUUGGCUGUGAAAAACUUUGGGAUGUCUUCAGAUAAUGGAAGGUGCUAUCUAAAUCCAAGUUCUUUUUGAGCACAAAUUAAUCAUUAGAUAUCAGAUCUGGACUUACAAAUUUUCCAAAUUGCAAACGUGUCCUUUACAUCAACCUUCCUCUUGAAUUUAUUGACUUUGAUGGUGUACAGUAAAUGUUAGCUAUCUCAGUAUUUACUGUGGAGAAGGAUAUGGAAGCUAGGGAACUUGGGGAAAUAAAUGAACUUGGUCCAACUCAUCCAUACCAACCAGAUAUCCUAAAUUAAUCUAGUCCCUUUUGCCAGCAUUUGGUCUACAUCCCUCUAACCUUCCCUAUUCAUAUAUGCAGAUGCUAAGGCCUGUUUGUUUGGCCAAUACCAUGUGGAUACAUGGGUGGCAUGGCAGCUCAGAGGUUAGCACUGCUACCUUACAGUAUCAUGGACCUGGGUUUGAUUCCACCCUCGAGCAGCUGUCUGUGUUGAGUUUGCACAUUCUCCCUGUGUCUGUACAGGUUUCUGAUGGGUGCUGUGGUUUCCUCCCACAGUCCAAAGAUGUGCAGGCUAGGUGAACUGGCCAUGCUAAAUUGCCUGUAGAGUCCUGUAGGGGUGUUUAAGUUAAGAGAUUUAGCUGUGGGAAAUACAGGGUAGUGGUAUGAUUCUGGGUGGGAUGCCGUUUGGAGGGCCAGUGUGGAUUUGCUGGGCUGUUUGGCCUGUUUCCACACUGUGUUUUGUUCAAAAAGCCCACAAUUUAUAGACCUUCAGUCAUUUUAUAAAUUCCUACUUUUGAAAUAAAACUAGCCUGACUCCAAACCAAAACACAAACAGAUUCUAAGCAAGGCCUCACACCAAACAUGCAUUGUCUGACAUAAAAUAUCACCUGUUCUUUACACUGAUGAAAUCUUUAGUUCUCUCGGGACAGUGACUUCAAAGGAAUUUGGGGAUUUACAUAUACAUAUUAAUCAAUUAAAACUUUCUAACUGAUUUAAAAUUUAACAGCAUCUUAGGUUUGUUCAAUACAUCCUCAUCAGUGGUGUGACCCUUUGGUCUUUUUGAUUCUGUGUCUGACACCAUCUGUCUCACCAACACCUGAAGAAGGAGUGAGAGUCUGAAAGCUUAUAUUUUCAAAUAAACCUUUUGGAUUAUAAUCUGGUGUUGUGUGAUUUCUGACCUUGUCCACCCCAGUCCAACACUGGCACCUCCACAUCUUUGUUUGGCAGCACUCUUCAGGACCUUACCAAUAAGUGUAUAAGUCCUGCCUUGAUUUGCCCUCACAAAAUGUCGCUCCUCACAUUUAUCUAGAUUAAACACCAUCUGCCACUCCUCGGCCCAGCAACCCAUCUGAUCAAGGUCCCAUUGUACUCUGAUGUAACCUUCUUUGCUGUCCAGUACACCAUCAAUUUUGAUGUCAUCUACAAAUAUAUUAAUCUUAUAUUCUAAAUAUAGGGAUGUGGUCCCAAUGCUGGUAAAUGGGUCUAGGUUAGAUAAGGAUGUCUGGUCAGCACUGAUAUGUUGGACCAAACAGUCUAUUUCCAUGCUGUAUGACUCUAUGACUCUAAGCAUGAACCUCAAAAAUAAAGAUCAGCAAGCUGCCUAAGCAUAUAGACAACAGAACCGAGCAUAGGCUCAUUGUCAUCUAAAUUUCACACUAAUACUUCGAACAAUGCUUACUGGAAAGUAACAAAGAGCAUUGUUCCCCUGUCUAACCCAAGUUAUUGAGGCUGGUUGUAAUAUUUUUAUUGCCACCCAGCUGAGAGCAACUCAGUCUGCAGAACCAGAGAUUGGAAAUACGUAGCCUAUUGUGUGGGAAUUUAGGAAACAGCGUACAAAUAUGAAAAUGUGGUUAUCACCUAAUCUUUCAUUAAGCAUGUUACUUCAUUUUCUUGUCCCAAUAAAAUGAAGCUGUGGAAUAAUAAGUCCCAACUAUCUUAAUUCUAAAUAACAUUAAUUUAAAAACAACAGUUGAGCUAUAUCUAAUAACAGAGCACAUUAAAAUAACAAUCCAAAACUGAUGACUCGUAAUUCUGCCAUUGGAUCAACUGUGACCUAAGUAAAACCUUUCAGUCAUAUUUUACCAAAAAGCAAUGACAUGGAAGUUUUUACAUUGUGAUAUAAGCCAGAAAAUCACAUUAUUUCACAUUCUUGUGGUCACUUAUAGGACAUACAUUCAAUUCUAUGCAAUAAUUAUAGUUACACCAGUCCAAAUAUUUUCGUAAAAUUCCAAUUUAAAAGUAAUAAAAUACUCGAGUUUUAAUUGAAGAUGUUCACUUUAACUGUCAUCUGAAAGUAGAUCAUUUCAGCAACAACUAGGAAAUUCCUCUACGAUGAUCUGUUAAGUUGACCCUCUGUGUAACUGAUCCAAACAGAUCAGGAAGGUGAGAUAGCAAGGUGUAGAGCUGGAUGAA